AUGUCGGACGCCCCGCAACAAACCCAGGAUUUUCAGACGAUGAUAAACGCUGCAAGGGAAGCAUCCAUGGAGAAAGCUUUCUCCAAAAUGCUUUCACAAGAUCCUUAUGACAUAUCCACUCAAGCUAUGUGGCCGACAUCGCAAGACGUGGAUGACACUAUGGGCUCUGAGGUUCCCUCUAAGGACCUCCUAUCCCUUCCAAAAUGUCAACAAGCUGGCCUCACUAUAUCACACGCUCGGACGAAAGGGAUGGCACCUGCUAAAUGUAGCAAGCAUACAGCUAGACAAGAACUACCCACGCAGGUGGGCGCCUCGGAUUCGUAUGAUGAAGGUGGUUGGCAAAAUGUCCCCUACUCGGAAGCAACAUAUGUUAAAGUAAUCUUUUGUGGAGGAUGCCUUUUCACAAGAUACACAGGAUUUGCUCACAAUGGAAGGCUGUGUCCUCUGUUUGACCCACAGACCAUCCGCCAUCCGUGGUCCUCGGAAUGGAACCUGCCAACCCACCUGGCCAAGUUCGUCCACUUCUGGAUGUGCAAGCUGUUCGACUGGGUGGUACGUUCACAACCCAUACUACCAAAUAAAAUUGCAUUUACCCGGUCAAACAGCUUGCACAUCCAGAAGUGGACGAACUUGGCCCGGGUUCAACCAGAUGGUGGUCGUUUUCAUGUACUAGACGGGAUGUGACCCAUGGAAAAGGAUCAAGAAGGGUCUCAAAGCCUUUUAGGACAAGUUACUGGAUCUACUUGGCCCCAUCUCCAAGAUCCUGUACUUCACGGACCUGGCACUGUCAGAGGGCACAUAACUAGACCCCAAUGCCAUCAGGGAAUGGGCCCAACGAUGUAUCUGCAUGCUGGGGAAUGUCAACGUAGCGUUAUGCACUGAAGGACGCAGGACUGCACUGUUAAGAACCGUAUUGAAACUGAUGAAUAAGGCCCAUAAAGACCUAGGCUCUUCAGCCAACGGCCUGCUCUUUGACGACUUAUUUAUAGCAGAGCACAAGAAACAUGUUUCAUUGUUUAUCACUCUCAGCGAGGCCCAGUCAUCUAUGAGACAGGCAUUCAGCUCACCACCAGGACGUGGUGUUUUUGUAAGGGCUGGUCGGCAGAGGGGCCGAGCCACCAGCUGAUUUUUGAAUACAGGUCCCAAACCUAUCCCACCAUCUUCUGGGUUCUACCCUACGUCCACCUACCAGACCUCAUCCCACUACAGGGGUAGUUCCACAACCUACCGCAUCAGAUGCCGACACCACCACCGUAAUGUACCUAUACAGAACAAGGGGCCGUUAUCGACUAAGAAAUCCAAACUCUCUUUACCAAAGGUGCAGUUCAAUAUGCACAAGACAAUGAUGGUUUCUUAAGUCUAUUUCUGCUGACAACAUUUCUCCCAAAUUGCGAAGAAAAAAAUAAACAAAAUAGAAAACAAGUUCAUAUUAGUUUUCACACAACACAAUACAAAUGUUUUAACUUAGGAAGAGUUCAGAAAUCAAUAUUUGUUGGAAUAAGGUUGAUUUUUCAAUCACAGCAUUCAUGCAUCGUAGCAUGCUCUUCACAAGUCUUUUACAAUUCUGUUUUCUUGCACAAAAAAUCAAGCAGAUCGGUUUUAGUUGAUGGCUUAUGACCAUACGUCUUUCUCUUGAUCACAUUCCAGAUGUUUUCACUGUGGUUUAGGUCUGGAGAAUUGACUGGCCAUGAGAUUGGACAGGUCAUGGUGUGUUGGUCCUCGAUACACACCUUCACUGAUCUGGCAUGAAGCAUUGUCCUGCUGUAAAUAACAAUCGCCAUAGUUGGGGAACAUUGUCAGAGUAGAAGAAAGGACGUUUUCUUCCACGAUAACCUUGUAUGUGGCUUGAUUCAUGCAUCUUUUAUAAACAUGAAUCUCCUCAUUCCAGCCUUGGUGAAGCAUUCUAGAUCAUCACCACCAACCCAUUUAUUCAAUGCAACUAGUGAUGCUUUUAUUGGAGACCUUUUUCCGGAAGGCCCAUACUAUUAUAAUAAGCUGAAUUAUAAAGAGCGCCAUGUUGCACAGAUAUCUACAGACACAUACCGAUAUCCUUUAGUGCUUAGAUACUGUGAAUAAUGCCAAAUGACUAUUCUAAAUCAUGGCUGGAGGUCCACAUAGGCAUCACAAUAUUAAAGCCUGAGAAUGCGCCACAGCUGUGUGGUACAUUGUGACAUGCUCACACCUCUUUGCCACUCUUACCAAACAAGAUAAUUGUAACAUGUUUUUCACUCCUAUAGUGAUAUAUUAUACAAUUAUUUCCUGUAAUAAAAGGAAGCAGCUUAUUACCAGGUAGGGUCAGUUCACUUUGGUAAUUUAUCCCUUUUUUAUGUUAUCGAUUUAUAGCUGCCUAAUAUUAACAACCAGUAAAACUGAUUAAGGCUAAUACUACUAAGUUAACUUCCUUUUUUAUAUGCAGGUAAGUCCUUAUUUUUUCUUGUUAAAUUAAACAAAGAUUAAUUGCAUUUUCUUAAUAUAGAUUAAUGUUAUUCAGAAUUAUCUUUUUUUUUUACUGAAAUAUGUCAAGAAAGAGUCCCAAUGUGCAGUAUAUAGUAUUAACAUAUUCAUUAUCUAAACCUUUAAAGUCUGACUGAGCAUAUUAGUGCUGCUUACUGAUGAGUAAUUGGUUUCUGUCAGUCAAAACUGGUAAGGCAAUUAUUUCUACUGCAUUUUAUUUCUAUCUAAGCCAUUUGUAACUGUAUUCUAUUAUUUUUAGAUUAACUUUAUACAUUUAAUGAAGUCAGUCCAUGAUGUAAGAAAAUAGCGCAAUCUCUUACACAAUUUAAUUGUUAUGUAGGAAGAUAGAAUAGAACAUAAUCAUUAAACAUAUAAGGGGGUGAGCAAACAGGGCUUCUGAAGGGUAAGACAGAAUACUGUUUAAAAGGGCACUGUAAGCACCCAAACCAUUUAAGCUCAUUGAAGUGGUCUGGGUGCAAACUCCCAUCACCCUUAACUCUGAGCAUGUAAUUAUUGCAGUUUUUAUAAAUUGCAAUAUUUACCUGCUAUGAUUAGGUCCUCCUCUAGUGGCUGUCUACAAGACCUGUUUAACUAUUAACUAUUAGGUCCUCCUCUAGUGGCUGUCUACAAGACAGCCACUAGAGGGACUUCCGGGUUCUUAGACGAUACAUGAGAACUUCCAGCAUCACCGGAAUCCCCAUAGGAAAGCAUUGAACCCCUUCUGCACUACGGGAGGGGUGGGGGGACGGGGCUUGACAAAGAGGGAAGCUACAGUGCCAGGAAAUCUAGUUUGUUUUACUGGCACUAUAGUUUACCUUUACAUGACUCUGCUGACAUUAGAGGUUUAUUACUGAGAAAAAAAAUUUCACCAGUGACAAACACUGGAACAUUUAAAAUUUAUAUGUACAGAGAUCAGGUCCAUUAAAGAAACUUUUAUUUUCCAUAACAUGCAAACAUAUUAUAUUUUAAGUUUACUGUAUGGAGUAAUCCUUGUAAACCUUAUAAAACAGUGUUACAAACCAGACUGUUUUUAUCUGCUGAUGGUUUGUUGUUGUGGUUUGAUGUUACCUAGUCCAACAUUUCUCAAAUAAAAUGAAAUACAAAUCUCUCUUCUAGAUUAAUGAUUUACAGGCCCUCAUCUUCUAGUCAUGCUUUGCCUAACGUCCAGUUUGCGUAAUCUGCCUGAAGGCCAAACAGCUGUAUUAACUUGCUCAGCUGCAUCACAAAAUCUAUUCUAAGUAAGACCAGAGAGGAAUUCUGAGAUGCAGAAUGUCUAUUUCAUUCACAAUAAGGACUCAGAUUAAAAGUAAGAGUGCUAUUUUCACUAAUUCUGUAAACAUCAUUAAAGAGUAAAAUAUAUGAACAAUAAUUAUGUUUCAAAGAACGUAUACUGCUGUAUAGCAAUGAUGGUGCAUGAAUCACUGUCUGGGUAGGAGUGUAAAAAAUCUCCUUAUCUUUGGUUGCCAUGCCAAACACGUCUAACUAUUGUGUGACGUACAUUGGAUUUCUAUGUUUUAUAAACAGGAAUUGAGUUCCCGUGGAGAAAGCUCUUCAUUUCCAACAUCACUUUCAAAUCAAAGCAACCUCGAAAUGUUAUCAGCCACUGCACAGUUUUCUGUAAAAAAUGUUUUUGAAACGAUUCUUACCUGGAAAACCUAUAAAACGAACAAACCAUCACCUGAAAUAUAUCAUAGCAAAAGAGACAUUUUCAACAUUGUCAUGACCCCAGAUCGUAUCCCAAAGUUCUUUAUACCAUCCUUAGAUGUAGAUCAUGUUUUUCUGCAUGUUGGGCCAUCAGAAGAUGUUGAUGAUCUUCAAAAAGAAAUGGAUAUCACUGAAAAGAAAUCUGCAACACCAAGAGUGAAGAGAAGCCGUUCAGAAUCCCAUAUCAAAACAGCAGGUAUGUUGCAAGGAAAAAAAACUGAUUAUUCAUUUGAAGAUUUAGAUAAAGUGGCAGAUCACUCAGACCCAGCUACAAGAGCAGCAUUGUCCCUGCCACAUCUUCCCAAAAUUACUACCCCUUAUGGUUUUCUUGCACUAGGAGAGAUUCCAAAUAUUAGAAGAAAAGAAUCUCUUUUUUUCAACAAAAGUUCCAUAGGUGCACAAACUCUCUUUCUUGAAAAAGAAAAGAAUAUCUUCUCAAGGAAGAAUUGUCCUGACCAACAAAUGAAGCAGCAGAGUCUCAAAGAAUGUUCAAGAAAGUCAAGAAAACCAAACAGGUCAGUGUCUUGGGAAGGAAUAUGUCAAGAUUCAGAUACAGCUCAUUCUACGCUGCCAUCUUCAAGCAACACGAACAAAUGUCCCACGAAAUGUGAAAAGACCAGGUUUCAGGUACUCAUGAAAAAACAUCUGUCUGGCAUAAAAUGCAUGAAGCUGAAUAAUGGAAUCAAAGUGAAAAUACCGGCAAAACUUGGAAGGACACAAAGUAGCCCUAUUGCAUAA